UAAAAAAUGAACUACCCUUCAAACCCUAACCCUAAUUACACAGAUUUCACUGAAUUUUUUAAAUUCGAUGAUUUUGCGGAUUCAUUUGAUAUGAUCAUGGAAGAAAUAGGCCGUGAGGACCACUCUUCGUCGCCUACUUUGAGUUGGACUUCAUCGGAAAAAAUAGUAGCUGCAGAAAUCACAAGCCCGUUUCAAACAAGCCUAGCUACCUCACCUAUGAGCCUUGAAAUAGGUGACAAAAGUCAUGAGAUCAAAAAGAGGAAGAGACACAAAGAGGAUCCCAUAAUUCAAGCAUUCAGAACGAAAUCACCUGAAAAAGAUGCUUUAGAUGACGGCUACAAAUGGAGGAAGUACGGCAAAAAGCCAAUAACGGGCACUCCAUAUCCGAGGCAUUAUCACAAGUGUUCGGACCCUGAUUGCAAAGUGAAGAAGAAGAUCGAGAGAGAUACGAGCGAUCCAGAUUACGUAUGGACAACGUACGAAGGGAUACAUAACCACCCGAGCCCUUCUGUAGUUUACUGUGAAUCAGAUGACUUUGAUCUUACCUCCCACAACAAUUGGUGCUUUCAAACAAAUACGUAUGGUUUCUCUCAUUCUGCUCCAAACUGAUCAUAGUUACCAAGUCUCUGUGUGUAUAUAUAUGUAUAUAGUUUAUGUCACCGUCGUAAUUACGCAUCACAUGUAUCCACAUAUACCUUGUUGGGUCGGUUUUGGUCGGUUGUAAUGUAUUUAGUUGGUGGGGUUGUAAUGAACGUUGAUCAUCUUGCAUGUAAAGGUUUAAUUGUAAAUUUUUAAUAAUAGAAACUAAUUAAUUUGUA